GGGCCACAGCACUCACACGGACAUGUUUCUGCGACGCACUUGUUCGAAGACGCAACGUUUGAAAUGGCUGUAACUCUUCACACAGAUCUGGGGGAAAUUAAAAUUGAGUUGUUCUGUGAGCGGACACCGAAAGCGUGUGAGAACUUUCUUGCUUUGUGCGCCAGCGGGUUCUACAACGGCUGCGUCUUCCACCGAAAUAUUAAAGGUUUCAUGGUUCAGACUGGAGAUCCUACAGGCACAGGCAAAGGAGGAACGAGUAUAUGGGGUCGCAAAUUUGAGGAUGAGUUCAGUGAACACCUGAAACAUAAUGUCAGAGGAGUGGUCUCAAUGGCAAACAACGGCCCUAACACCAAUGGCUCCCAGUUUUUCUUCACAUAUGCCAAACAGCCUCAUCUGGACAUGAAGUACACAGUGUUCGGAAAGAUUAUCGAUGGCCUGGAGACACUGGACGAACUGGAGAAACUGCCCGUCAAUGAAAAGACGUUCCGACCACUCACUGAAACCCGCAUCAAAGACGUGACCAUUCAUGCCAACCCUUUUGCUGGAUAGAUGGCUUCUCCUAAAAAUGUACAAAAAAGGCCUUUAACACAAAGUUGGACUGAGAUAUUUUCAGUAAGCCUAUUGAUGGUGUGUAAAACCUUGCCAAAUUCAAAGUGACAAUUUUUAUGAAAGAAAUAGAAGAGAGUAAAAUGCUGAUAUGUCUUAACAAAAUCAGGAUUUUAUACCAGCAUUUUCCAAAAAGUGUGACCCAGAAUUUAAAUGUAAUUUGGGUGAAAAAUAGCUCAUGGUUUAAAAAUUGACCGUCCACAGAGAAGUUCCAGAUUCUGCAUCGCUGGUUCGAGUUGGGGAAGAGUGGCUAUGCCUUCUUCAGUUCUUGUUAUUUUUCUGAUGUGGCAAAGCCUUCGUAAAGAAGAGCUGUACGUCAUUCUUCACAUAUUCAUUCGCAAUUCAGUGCGCAAAGAAAACAUGCCUGACUUCGAAUGGCAAGCCCUUUGAACAUUUUAUUAAUAGGACUCCACAUUAGAGAUUUAGUCUUCACUAGUGGAAAUUACAUUUCAGCAUGUCAAAAUGUAAUUAAUAAGAUAAACGUGAAACAGUUCUGACAUGUUAGAAAUAUGUUUUCACAUGUAGAGAUUAAAUUUCGACUGCUCAAAACUGAUUUCUUGAUGUCUUUAAUUAUAGAUAUCAGUGAUUCCAGUUUUACACGUAAGAAUAAUGAUUAUAGAUAUUUACUAAUGAAUUUCCUCAUGUUGACAGAGGAUUGUGACGUAGAAAUGUAAUUACCCAUUUUAGGUAUAAACAAUUGCAUUUUUAUUUUUUUCAACAUUUGAACAAACCUUUUUGGAUAUGUGGGCGACAUACUGAUUAAGUGUUAAAAAGGCUUGCCAUAGAUGUUGUACAGUGCUGCUAUAGCAAUUCAUAUCUGUUUCUCAGUAGGCCAUGUAAAUAAAUUACCAAUGUUUUGUACUAAAUAAAACUUUUAAAAUUC